AACAUAAAAAUUACCAGGGGCCGCUUGGCGUCAUCCCAGAAUCUCCUUUACCUGUUAUGGAAUAUAUUAAAGCAAGAAAAGAGGUUGUACAAGUACCGCAGCUGGUUAAAGAGAAAGGUACUCCAAUAACUCUUCCUUCUUUUCUUGUAUUUCAAACAUUCGGGCCACAUAUAAUCAAAUCAAAACUUGUUCAUAAUUUUAUUCCUUUCUUCCAAUAUGGACUAUGAGCUUGCCACUAAUGGAUUCUAUAGUUCAAGGGAGAGAAGUAGAUGCUUAAUCAGGAAGAAGAACCCAUGUUGGUGUCAAGAUGGACCUACCACUUUCUGGUCCACCAUGUUGAUCUCAUUAUUAAUUUAAAAAAAAAAAUUGUUGAACUGAAUGAUGAUGGUAACAAUCUCAUCAGUGGACCUUCCAUUCUAUGCUCACUGAUUUGUAUCCAACUAACUGAUUAUAAAAUUGUAGUUAGUCAACUGAUUGGGGGAUCUUCCAUUGGUAACAUUUGGCAUCUAAUCUUCCUUGUCUUUGAAUCCUGGGAAAUGGCUUAUCAAUUUAGCAGACCAACUGAAUGUAUGGCGCUAAGAUGGCAAUACUUUGGAGUUCAAUCAUUGGAUUUUGAUUCCAGUAAUUUUAACUCUUGACCGAACCCCCAGAAAUCUGAAGAUCAAUUGACUUUUAUGAUUUCUUGUUGGCCAUUGUGGCUUCCCUUUAUCUCUUUUGCUUGUAUGAAAUUUCUUUUCUUUCAGGUCUGCUUGGAUAUGGGUUACAGUUUUAAAGCUGGCAUUCUCUUUGGAAUAUUUUUCUUUAUAGGACUUUUAGCAGAAGGCCCUGUUUAUUUCUUUCAUACUAGGCGAAAGUGUGCACCCAUAAACUAUGUGAAGCUUUUUGUCAUUUCAUUGAAUUUAACAUUUUUCCAAAAGAUAGAAAAGGGAGGAGGGCUUUGAUUUUCAUUGUCUUGUGUGACAUAUGUGCCAAGGGCUAUUAUGCUUUACACCACCACUUCAGGAUAACUCUCAUUCAAGUUUAACUUGUGUAAUUGAAACUGAAUCUGUGAGUUUAGCUUACCCCAACAUCAGGGUAAAUUUUGGUAUCUGUUGAAGUGGCAUCUUGUACAGUCACCGGGAAUAAUCCUUUUCCCACAUUUGUUGCUUGAGGCUGAUCAUCAGGGGAGUCAAGAAGCAAAAGAUUGGGGAUUACACCAAUCAACUGGCAGUAUACUGAAAACAACUCUGUCCCAACUCCCAAAAGAUUAUAUGUCAACAAGUUAUCAUGUCUGAGAGGCUGGCCUACACCUGAUCUGAUGUAAUGAGUUUUACUUCAGAUGCUGCUUGGAUGAUAGUGGUAGAUGUUUGAUAAGAGAUUCUCUCCAUUCACCCCCUUCCAAGUCAAAGAAGGAAAAAAAGUAGAUAUGAAACGGGGAGAUGAUAGAAGGAAGAGCCAGAGAUCAUGGCAUAUAUUCCCUCCCCAAUACAGCCCCACCUAUGUUUCCAGAUAUGGAGCGAGAUCAUAGGACACCCCAACAACUCCAAGUUUUAUAAAGAGAACUACAGCUGCUUCAUAUUGAGAGCAUUGCCUUCUUAAAAAAAGGGAUCAAAACCCACAUGAGUUUCAGUUUUCUGCUUCCCUCUGCCUGUCUUUCUUACACAACACAAAACUUGGCUCUGCACAAUAUGCAAAAUCAAGACAUGAAUCUGGUUCUAUCAACUGAUGCUAAGCCUAGGCUAAAGUGGACUCCUGAACUUCAUCAAAGAUUUGUUGAAGCUGUCAAUCAACUUGGAGGGCCAGACAAAGCAACCCCAAAGAAUCUGAUGAGGGUCAUAGGAAUUUCUGGACUCACUUUGUAUCAUCUCAAAAGCCAUUUACAGAAAUUCAGACUGGGGAAAAGCCAACAGACUGAAAUCUGCCUCAGCGAUAAUCUGGAUGAUUACAGAGAGAUACAGAGCGGUAAUAAGGAUUUGAGUAGUGACACAAGUGAUGGAACUCACAAGCUGAUGAAUGACUCGAAGAUUGCUCAGGCGCUCCAAAUGCAGAUGGAAGUACAAAGAAAGCUUCAUGAACAGAUUGAGGUCCAGAGACAUUUACAACUAAGAAUAGAAGCUCAAGGAAAGUACUUACAAUCAGUAUUAAAGAAAGCACAAGAAACACUGGCUGGGUAUACCUCAUCUUCAGUGGGUGUAGAACUUGCUAAAGCUGAACUGUCUCAACUAGUCUCAAUGGUUAACACCGGCUGCACGAGUUCUUCGUUAUCAGAAUUGACAGAAAUAGGAGGUUCAAGCUUAAAACAAAUGGAAAGAAAGCCAAUGAAAGGCACCAUAUGUUCCAGGGAGAGCUCAUUGACAUCUUCUGAGAGCUCAGGAAGAACGGAGGAUGACGAGCCACCAAAGAAUGAGAAUAUUUGUAACCGGAAAUCUAAUACUUGCUUUGAAUUUAACUUUAUGGAAAUUUACCCUGAAAAGAAGGGUUUGAUGAGUGGCUCAAGCAAUGAAGUUAGUGGAAAGAAAAGAAGUGGUACUAAUAUUUGUGAUGGCAUAUGUGUUGACCAACCAGUAGCUAAAAGAUUAGAGCUUCCCGAAGAGGAAACUGGUUGUGGAUUGAGAAAGUCUGGAUUGUUGGGGUCAUUUGAUCUCAAUAACCAAUACCAAAAUGACAAUGAAUCGAGUCCGAAAGCAAUAGACUUGAACUGCAAGGAAUAGAUCCGCUCAGUGGGCAUGAUUUGGAACUUAUAUGCUGCAUGGUUGUUAGUAAAUAUAAACUAAGCUGGGAACUUGAUUAUUUAGUACCAAUCUUUUGUUUAUAGACUAUGUAAAUUGUUAUAUGUAUUGAACUCCCAAGAACUUUUGAAAGAAUAUUUGAUAUCAGAAACAAGGUAUAAUGUAUAUUUUUGCAGAGA